ACUCACUCAGCAUCUCCGUCAUCACGCAGUGCCCGCCUCACGACACUCUCCCUCCGCGCUCGUGCGUGCGUUCACCACCGUGGCAAUCGCGUGUCGCUGUCGUCACUUCACAAGCGUCGUCGUAGUGCUUUGCAGAAUCUUUCACAGUUGGCACCUCGAAUUCGAGGCCACCUUCAAGCACGCUGUCGCUUCGCUACGUUCUAGGUCGCUUUGCCUCCAGAGUACUAGGUACAGGUAUACUUCGACAGCGCAGUAUCCCCCGACAGCGCUCGCUCGCUCGCUCGCUCGCGCAGUGCCUCCCGUCGACACCACGCCGUCGCCGGUCGUCUUGCGCGAUCAGGAGUACACACGACACCUUCACCUCUUCGCAGCACACGAUAAUCUCGUGCUCCCCUCCGGACGUACUGUCGCCGCCACCAGGACCCUCCUAUUAUCAGGCGAAGACGUAGGCGCCCCUCUCAUCCAUCGCGGGUGAGUCAACAAGAGACGCAGUAGACAUCAGGAAAUCGCGGUGCCACAGACACAACGCGACCGUGUGCUGAAAUCGGCAUUGCACUUGUCACCGAGGCUUGAAGUACAGUCUCUCGUCGCUGAAUCUUCGAGCUGACCGCCAGUAACCUCAGUAGCCUGUAAACGGGGUGAAACUGCCGUAGAGCGUAGCCAGAUUCCGCAUUCGUCAGGUCUUCCAGCAAGGAGAGUAGAGUAGGCCGGUCAUGAUGGCGCUGCCCAAAUUAGAUGAUCUUGACAACCUCCUCGCGUCGCUGAAUCAGCUGAAGCCACCGGGAGCGAGCAAGAAUAAGAUUCAGACCAUCACAGCACUCAGUGUGAACAACAUCAAGGCAGAGGUGUCCAUUGUGCAGUGUCUCUAUCGUGCACUGAAGAAGGCCCCCGUCACACAUAAGCUUGGUUCUCUGUAUGUCGUUGAUAGUGUCGUCCGACAAUGGAUCGAAAAGGCCAAAGUCGCCGGACAGGAGCUGCAGUUCGAUGGUCGCGGUGAGCCGGGUACAUAUUCAGCUGCCGUGAAGCGUGUUACGGAGUUGAUGCCAGCGCUGUUUGAUGACACUAUCAAAGGCUUGCCCGCAGACCAGAAGCCCAAACUGGAGAACAUGGUCGCUAUCUGGGAGCGUGGCAACACGUUUCCCUUGAAGCUGCUGCAAGACUUCAAGUCCAAGCUGAACAGCAUACCGAAGCUCAAUGGUGCGCCCAGCCAGCAGACGGCCGCACCGAACGUGAACGGAGCAGCAACGCAAAUGACAGCCUCUUCAUCAACGUCGUCAGGUGAGAAAUAUGUGGCUCCCCGCCCGAGUAGGCCCCUCCUUACUCCCAUCGGUUUUCCCCCAGGACAUGUGUAUGAUCAUGGGUUUUUGCCAGGAAGAUUUAAACCCGGACAAACCAAUGGCGCGCCCAAUCCAGCCACGCAACCAUCUUUUGAUCCGCGGAGGCCGCAGCCACCACAACCUCCGCAGCUACCACCAUCCCAGCCAACCACGCAGGACACAGCUCAAGCGGAGAUUCAUGGCAUUCUAGCAGCACUGGCCAAAGCCGGUGUCGCUACAGCACCAGCAACUACCCUCGCACCGGGGAACCCAAUAACCCGCCCUCCGCCUCCUCAGGUUGGCCAGGUUCCCCCGAAUAUCGCCGAGCUACUUGGGCAAGCAGGACCUUCAGUGCCGCAGCCUCUCCCACAGAUGGCACAGCCGUCGCCAUACGGAUACUCAGCGCCUUCGUCGGCGCCGCCAAUGGCGAUUCCUGCGUAUCAGCCCCCGCAGCAGACAAUGUACUGGCCACAGGCGCCUUAUGCGCCGCAGCCGCCGCCUUCAAUUCCUCCGCAGUAUGCAGUAGCACCACCGCCACCACCGCAAGCGUCACAAAGCGAUCCGCUCGGUCCACUUCGUGGCAUCUUGCCCGAGAAUAUCCUGAACGACCACGACAAGCUCGUUCCAGCACUCAAGCUCUUGCAGGAUCUGCAAAAGGAUGGAAUCGCGCCUGAGAAAUGGGGGCCGGUCCUGGAGGCCUUCCAACAACAGUAUCAACCACGACCGCACGCAUUCGGUGAUCGCAACAGAGGUCGCAGUCGAAGUCCUGAGCGCAAUGGCUCAGGUGGCAGAGCAAGCCCGGUAUAUGGCACCUACGAGGAUCAUGCUGCCAAGCAAGGCGACGGCGGCCGUGAUGUUCGCAAUGGUGGAUCCGGGGGGCGUGGACGUUACAGACAGCGCUCGCCCAUGCGCUCCGGCCUAGGGCAGCCCACUAAUGGCAGACCGAUGCAGCCCAAGAACAUCGGCUAUGACGAGUCACUACCACGCGACAACAUCAAAGUCUUGUCACGCACCUUGUUCGUUGGAGGCGCGAAUGGAACACAGCAAGAGAUCCAAGAAGUGUUUGAGCGUUUCGGUCGCGUGCAAACGUGCAUCGCCAACCGUGAUAAGCGCCACGCCUUUGUCAAAAUGACCACACGCGAUUACGCAUUGGCCGCUAAGCAAGGCAUGGAAGAGUUGCAGAAUCGCAACGACAGAGAGGUCAUGAGUGUUGCUCGUCAAACCAAGUGGGGCGUAGGAUUUGGGCCACGCGAGUGUUGCGAUUAUCUGCGUGGUGAAAGUAUCAUUCCCAUCAACAAGCUGACGGAAGCCGACAACAAGUGGCUUCACACGGCCGAGUAUGGCGGUACAGGAGGCAAACCACUGGAAGGAGGCAUGGUGCUGGAAGAACCUGAUAUCGAGAUUGGCGCGGGUGUGAGCAGCAAGGCCAUGAGCAAACGCGUGGGUCCAGACAACAACGCACAGCCCAAGCACCACCAGAAGGAGAACGGUCAUGGCCGCGGUCGUCAUGGUCGCAAACAGCACCACCACAACGACCGAGACCAACAAUACGCUGGUGGAUACAGUGGCGUGUCUGGCGGGCCAUCUCCUCUGGACUACAGCUCUCUAGCACGACCGGAGCCCGUUGCUGUUGCCACUCCACCUGCGGUGCCAGGCUUCGGCUUCGGCUGGGCAUCUCAGAGCACCCAGCAUCCUUACCGCUGAGGAGGUGUCUGCAUCGCCCCAACAUACCUACGAACCAGGCGCCGUGUGACAAACUGCCCGUCGCACAUGCCUGGGCUACUCUCUUUGCAGUGCGACGCUUCAGCAUAGCGGAGGACCAUUGUAAUAUAUACAUGUACCUACCUUAGUACUUCGAGUCACAGUGAGCAGUCAGCUUUCUGCGGGCCUUAUGCGUAUUCAAGCCAGCCAGCUACGGCUUUUUGGUACGAG